AUACAAACAACAACAAUCCAGUUGAAUCCCACAACAGUAGGGUCUGGGGAGGGUGUGUGUACGCAGACCUUGCCCCUACUCGGAAGUAGGGAGGCUGUUUCCAAGAGACCCCCGGCUCCACCUGCACAAAAAUAUGGAAGAGAACACAGUAUAACACAGAUAAGGCACCAAGUACAAGCAACAAGUACAAACAAUAGCAAAAGAUUCCCAACAAAUACAACACACUACAAAACAACCUCUACAACACACUACGUAAACAUUGCUAUAAAAUUUAAAAAAAAGAAAUUGUUUAUUACGGAGUAAAAAACUACAUAAAAAAUCAUAUAAAAUACGCAGUGAUAAAAUUAUUUUAUUUAAUCAAAUGAUCCAUAAAAAUAUAUAAAAAAGUAAAAUCAAUUUAACAGGGGAAAUUGUUUGAAAAGGAGACUUAUUUCCAAAAACUCAUUAAAUAGCAACAGAAAUUCGGUUAAAUCCACCCAUCGUUCCCUCCAUUCCUAAAUCCUCAGUAAAAUUUACUCUCAGUCUGUCACUACCAGAUCUUAAAACAACUGAUCUUAUCUCUUCCAGACUCCAUCUUUCAGCCCCCCAUCGGAUCUCGCCAUUUCAGUGUGUUUUCCUAUGCAUAUUUGAAGUUGAUUAAUUGAUAGACUGGGGCUUGGAAGUUAUAGAGGCAGAAUGUUUCUUCACCUCUUGCUCUUAUUGCCUCUUUUUUCGAGGUUCAUAGAAAACGGAAGUUCCACUGUUACAAGCACAUAUAUUCGCUUUGAGUGGCCAUCUGUGGAUAUUCCACUUGACAAUAAGGAAUUUGCAGUCCCUGAAGGUUAUAAUGCACCACAACAAAUUCAUAUUACACAGGGUGACUAUGAUGGGAAGGCUGUCAUAAUCUCCUGGGUGACUUUUGAUGAACCAGGGUCAAGCCAAGUACGCUACGGAUUAUCUGAGGAGAAAUAUGAUUUUACCGCAGAGGGAACAUUUACAAACUACACAUUUUACACUUACAAGUCUGGCUUUAUACAUCAAUGCCUUGUCGGUGACCUUGAGUAUGACAGAAAGUAUUACUAUGAGGUAGGACAAGGUGAUUCUUCAAGGAAGUUCUGGUUUGUGACACCUCCAAAAAUUGAUCCAGAUGCAUCUUACAAAUUUGGUAUUAUAGGUGAUUUGGGCCAGACAUUCAAUUCUCUUUCCACUCUUGAACAUUAUAUGCAGAGUGGAGGGCAAACUGUCUUGUUUGUUGGAGAUCUCUCUUACGCAGAUAGAUACCAAUAUCAUGAUGUUGGAGUGCGUUGGGAUUCAUGGGGCCGUUUCAUUGAAAAAAGUGGUGCAUAUCAACCAUGGAUUUGGUCUGCUGGGAAUCAUGAGAUAGAGUACAUGCCAUAUAUGGGGGAAGUAAUUCCUUUCAGAUCAUUUCUCUUUAGAUACCCCACACCCUACAGAGCCUCCAAAAGUAGCAAUCCCCUUUGGUAUGCCAUCAGGCGGGCAUCUGCUCAUAUAAUUGUUCUAUCUAGCUACUCCCCAUUUGUAAAAUAUACACCUCAGUAUAAGUGGCUUAAUGAAGAAUUUACAAGGGUGGACAGGGAGAAAACUCCUUGGCUAAUUGUCCUCAUGCACGUACCUAUCUACAAUAGCAAUGAAGCGCACUUUAUGGAGGGUGAAAGUAUGAGAGCUGUCUAUGAGGAGUGGUUUGUCAAGUACAAAGUUGAUGUGGUAUUUGCUGGUCACGUCCAUGCUUAUGAGCGAUCCUAUCGCAUAUCAAACAUCCACUAUAAUGUAUCAAGUGGCGAUGCUUAUCCUGUACCCGACAAAUCAGCUCCGGUUUAUAUUACAGUUGGAGAUGGAGGGAACCAGGAAGGUCUAGCUGGAAGAUUUAGAGAUCCCCAACCUGAGUAUUCUGCGUUUAGGGAGUCCAGUUAUGGCCAUUCUACGUUGGAGAUAAAGAAUAGAACACAUGCGCUGUACCAUUGGAACAGGAAUGAUGAUGGGAAAAGUGUUGCAACAGAUGCUUUUGUGUUGCACAACCAGUUCUGGGGGAGCAACCGAAGAAGACGGAGAAAGCUCAACAAAUCUCAUCUUCAAUCUGUUGUUUUUCGCCGGCCCUCUAGUGAACAAAUGUGAGAUUAUCAGCUAAGAAUCCUUACCUCUUCCUCCUCCUCCUCCUGUAUUGGUAUCAUAACGUAAAUAAGAAUUUUCUGUGGGAUCAUUAUAGCAUAAACAAGAAUUUGUGCUUCCUUUUUACUAAGAAGUUUACUUACAAGUGUUAAGAGAUUUUUUUAUACAAUUUAUUGACACUGUAAAUUUCAUUUCGGAUAUCCCAACAUAGGUUGGGUUUUAAGGUGUUGAUGAUAUAAUGAUCUUUUUCCGGUUGGAUUUUUUUUUCUCAUGACAAUAAUAUACUCCAUACUUA